AUGAGAGUCGGAAAAGUGAAGGUAAGUGGUCAAGGUGCAAUUCUGCAAGAAACAGAUUUAGGGUGGAUAUUUUCAGGUCGUUACACUAAACCAAACAAAUUUAAUUCAAAGAUAGAUUCGAUUUUUCCCACUACAGUGCAAUGUAAUUUAAUCAAAUAUCAAGAUAUUCCUCCCUUAUGGGAAUUAGAGAGUGAUAAAUUAAGUAAAAAUCUUUCAGAUGAAGAGAAAAUAGUCGAAGAGCAUUGUAACAAAACAACAAAACGUUUAGAGAAUGGUAGUUAUCAAGUUAACUUACCUUUCAAUGACAAAAAAGAAAUAUUAGGCGAUUCUCGUAAUACCGCGUUCCAACGAUUCUAUGCUCUCGAAAGAAAAUUUGAAAAAUAUCCUGAAUUUCAUUCUUCUUAUUGUGAUAUUAUUCAAAAUUAUUUAGAUGAAGGACACUUGACAGCAGUCGAUAGUAAAAAUGAUUUAAAGGGGGGAUAUUUCUUACCUCAUCACGCAGUUACAAAAGUGGAUAGUUGCACAACAAGAGAUGGAGUAGUUUUCGAUGGAUCUACCAAAACCUCAAGCGGAGUUUCGUUAAAUGAAGCUCUCAGAGUUGGUCCAACAAUCCAAGAUAAUAUAUAUGCAAUCAUCGCUCGUUUCAGACUCUUUCCUUAUGCCUUAUCAGCUGAUAUUCGAAAAAUGUAUCGGCAAAUUUUAGGAUCUCCAAAGGACGAACAAUUUCAAAAAAUUCUUUGGCGAUCUCGUUCAGAUCAACCAAUAGAAAUUUACUCUCUCAACAGAGUAACUUUCGGUACCGCAUGUGCUCCUUAUCUCGCAAUACGCACCCUUCAUCAACUCGCGGAUGACGAACAAAGGGAAUUUCCUAUAGCUGCACACUUUUUAAAGAAUGAUUUUUACGUUGAUGAUUUUUUAUCGAGCGCGAAAACUCUACAAGACGCACUGGACAUUAGAAACGAAUUAAUUACUUUAUUAUCCAAAGGUGGUUUCACAUUGAGAAAAUGGGUUUCUAAUGACCCUCGUUUAUGUGAAAAUUUUGUAGGUAAUAUUAGUGAUGAACACAUGUCGUUAGAUCCUUCAAAUGUUGUGAAAACAUUAGGUUUGCGUUGGAAUCCAACAUCAGAUGAAUUUUUAUACAUUGUUAAUUUAGAAAAUACAAAUGAAAUUGCAACCAAAAGAUCUGUUCUUUCGAAAUGCGCUAAAUUAUACGACCCGUUAGGAAUUUUAGGUCCAGUAAUUGUUGUUGGAAAGUUAUUAAUUCAACAAUUAUGGAAACUUAAUUUAGAAUGGAAUGAACCUCUUCCUAAAGAUUUACAAAUUAUAUGGAAAGAAUAUGUAGACUAA